AUGAAAAUCAUUAGACCGAAAACAGGAAUUCUACUGCUCAAUAUGGGUGGUCCAGAAACCACGAAUGAUGUUUUCCAUUUUCUUCUGCGGCUAUUUUCCGAUCGAGAAAUUAUCAAAUUGCCUCUCCAGAAGUAUCUCGCUCAAUGGAUUGCUCGACGCCGCACUCCUGUUAUGCAGGAGAUGUACACUCAGAUUGGUGGCGGUUCACCACUUAUACAAUGGACCAUCUCUCAAGGCAAGGCUCUCGUGAGGAUGUUAGACACAAUCAGCCCCGAAACAGGCCCUCAUAAGUACUACCUGGGUAUGCGGUAUGCUCACCCUCUAACCGAGGAGUCUAUCAACGAUAUAGAAGCUGAUGGAGUAGAACGUGUAGUCGCGUUUAGUCAAUAUCCUCAGUACAGUUGCACCACAUCUGGUAGCAGCUUCAACGCUAUCGCUGCCCACUACAAUUCACCGGUGCGUGGUGGCCUUGCAGGUAUUGAUUCCAUACCUCCACCGAGGUCCCAGGCUGGUGGCCUUCCUGUUCGUCCUGGUCCAAUUUGGUCAUUCCUCGAUCGUUGGUCGACGUCCAUGCCGGAAUUCUCGGAGGUUUUGGCCGAAAGCAUUCGACGUGAAUUAUCCCAGAUGCCUCCGCCCUUUGACAGUAAAAAUACCGUCAUUCUUUUUAGCGCUCACUCUCUCCCUAUGUCGAUUGUAAAUCGCGGGGACCCGUACGUUCAGGAGAUAUCAGCUACCGUCUACACAGUGAUGAAACGGCUUGAUUUUGCAUUUCCCUAUCGCUUAGUAUGGCAAUCAAAGGUCGGCCCGUUGCCUUGGAUGGGCCAGGACAUAGCAGAUGCCUUGCGUGGCCUGGCACGGCUCGGGCGAAAGCAUGCCAUUAUCGUUCCGGUUGCCUUCACCUCCGACCACAUCGAGACUUUGUACGAACUCGAUAUUGAAUAUUGUGCCGAUCUGGCCAAAGAAAUCGGGAUGGUGAAUCUCAGAAGGGCUGCUGCACCCAAUGAUAAUCCACUCUUUAUCCAGGGCAUGGCCAAUCUGGUUGUAGCCCAUUUGCGUGAAGGCGAGCCAGCUUCAAAGCAAUUCUUUUUACGCUGUCCUGGUUGCGUAAAUCAUCGCUGUUCCAAGGUAAGGCAUUUUAUUGACGGUGAGGUUGAACGACUGCGGGUUUGGACUCGGUCAUUGGGCUUCCGCGAUGCUUCUUCUGCCUCCGCUUGUAUCUAUCAAAAGGCCAUUUAG